CUCCGUCGGUGUUCCCCACCGUCGGCGUCGUGGUCGUUCCCGCUCGUCGACCCUCGAUCGUCGAGAGCGUCGAGCGUUCAACAGUAUCGAAAGACUUGGUCCGGCAGCCGGCGUCUAGCGGCAGUUACUCGCGAGACGUUCACCGUCUACCACGCGUUGCACCUUCCUUUCCGUUUACGGCCACCGCGGACUUCUCUUAUCACUUUUUUCUUUUCUCCGCGAUAUCGAGCAGUUUUCUUUUCUAUCGAGAAUUUUUCGCUGAUUUUGUGCCGUCGAAACUUCUCUUUUCCUUCCUCGAGGGGGAAAUUUUCACGGAGACUCGAGAGACAAGCAGGGAGGAAAUUUGAAAAAGGAAACACACGGUGCGGUGAUCGAACGGUUCGAAGAUUCCUAAUUGUUAUUGUAGAAUUUGUGCUAUUAUUCGUGCAGAUUUGUCCUUUUUAGCGAACGUACGUUUCGCUAACAGUGAACUCGAAUAGUUGAACGUACCGUCGCAGUAGCGCAUACGGAGAUUUGCUCGGUGAACAGUCAUGAUCAUUCUCGAGUAUGCGAUCGAAGCAACGAAUCGUUGAGGAUUCUUUAACGAGCAGAGAUAGCGCCUCGAGUACCGGACGUUACGGAACGAGCGAAGAAUUUCGUCGAUUCGAAGGAGAGACUCGAAAAAAUCGACGAGGUCGUUUCGAAGGCAACUCCCGGCUACCUGGCACGGAUAAUCCAGAGAAGAAAGUUCGUUUCGAAGUUGCUGCAUCCGGUUCGAAGAGCACGGUUGCCCACCUUUCGUGCUCCGCGCCUCCGAACGAAUCCAUCCUUUUUAUCUCGAAUUUGGUUUAAUUCGCCGGACAAAUUCGAACGGAAUGUCGGUGUAUCGACGAUUCGCUAGGUUUCCAUCGGAGUACAAGAAGCCAUGAAACGAAAGGUGGACGAGCGAAGAUUUGUAGAGAGGAUUGAAUGGAGCCGAUUGGAAAAGGUUUAGAUCGUCCUACCAGUUGGACGAGUGGUCUCUUCGUGUUUCUCACGCAAGGGCUUAGCGCGCGAGCGUGAUUCCGCUCGGAGGCAGCGAGAGGACGCGCGCCGAUCGAUACGCAGCAGCUAGUGGACGAGCGAGCCGAGCAAAGAUGGUGCAGAGUUGCAACGGCAGAGGUUCCAGGUACGCGAAACGGGCUCUGGCGCUCUUGUUCGUCUGGAGUUUGAUGAUGAUCGCGGCCGUGCAACUUCGCCACAUGGACCACGGUCUCAGAGAGACUCCGACCGGCGAAGAAUCGUCGAACGAGAUCCUCGUCGACGACGCGUACAAGCAUCGCGAACGAUCAACGAACGAUCGAGGCUCUUCCGGCCUGAGCCUGUCGAGAUAUCUCCUCCAGAGGUCCUCCGCGGACUCCAGUUUCUCCAAUUCCGGCAGUUCUAACAUUCUCACCACCCUGACCACCUUGUCCAACUCUCCGACGAAGAAUCCUUUCGAUCUGGAGCCCCUCCUGGACAAAAGACCAGCGAAAACCGAGGAGGAACUGAUCCAAGAGAUCGAACAGAGACUACCCAGCCUGCCUCUCGCCUAUUGGAGCAAAAACAGCAAAUACGCAGGGUCGCAGGGUAAGAGCAGCGGCAAGGGUAGCAACGGCUGCUCGAACCUCAAGUACCCGUCCAUCUACGACAUCGAAUUCAACAACGUGUACUGGCAAACGAUGAGGACCAGCAACGGGACCUUCCAGUUCUUCGGCGCGUUUUACGACCGCAGAAAGUUGUCUAGAAUCGGUCCAGCCAUUCGGAUAGUGGGCAUGAUCGACAGGAUCGAGCCCACGGUAAAGACCCACUGUCAGAUAUGGUACGACGGGGACAGGGAGGCUAAGGUGGUCGAAACCUUGGAGUACAAGUAUAUCUGGUACUCGAAAUGGGGCAAUUACAAGCAGGGCAUCUACCAACCGUACGUGAUAGCCUGCAAGAUACCCCAAUCUCAUUGGCUGAAAGGUCCUCCGGCUUCCGUGUCGAUGGUCGAGAAACCCUGCGACACCGCUACCAAUAAUCUCCGGGUGAUUUACAACAAACCCGAGCGCAAGAAGGACUUUGCCGUCUGCGUGAAAGGUUUGGACUUUCUUCACGAAGAUCUGUCCGUCAGGCUGGUCGAGUGGAUCGAGCUGAUCACUCUUCUAGGGGCCGAUAAGAUCUACUUUUAUCAGCUACAAGUGCAUCCUAACGUGACCAAGAUUCUCGAUCACUAUCAGAGGCUGGGCAAGGUACACGUCACUCCGUUGACCCUUCCCGGAGGUCAACCUAACGUCCCGGCCUUCCAACAUAUGUAUCUGACCAAGAAGACCAACCACAAGAGGCAAAACGAACUGAUUCCUUACAACGACUGUCUAUACAAACAUAUGUACGAGUACGAGUACAUAGCGCUGUUGGACGUGGACGAAGUGAUCAUGCCUGUGCAGGAUCUCACGUGGCAGGACCUGAUGAAAAGGGUGCUCUCGAAGGCGUUCAAGAUACACAACGAAACCAGAGCAUCGUACAAUGUGAGGAACGUGUACUUCCUCGAUGACCUACUGCACUCUCAUGGCUACUUCAAGGACAUACCGAAAUACAUGCAUAUGCUACAGCACGUGUAUCGUUCGAUGAACUUCACCAAACCGAAUCAAUACAUCAAGUGUUUCCACAAUCCCGAGAGAGUAGUAACGUUACACAAUCACUUCCCGUUGGCGUGUCUGGGUGCCGGGUGCACCAGUUACCCCAUAGAAACGGAGGAUGCUGAACUCCAGCAUUAUCGGUCCGAUUGCGUGAAAUCGUUGAAGAAAAGUUGCGUGCAAUACCGAGAGAACAGCGUACGAGACACGACUAUCUGGAGAUACAAGGAUCAAUUGAUCGAGAGGGUGACGAGGACCUUGGAGACUCUGGGCUUCUUUGGACCCAGCUAGCGCGAACUACCGUUUCUUCUUCCUUUUCUCUCGUCGUCUUCUUCUUCUUCUUCUUCUUCUUCUUCUUCUUCUUCUUCUUCUUCUUC